CGCGCUCUGAUUGGUCGAUGACGAUCGAUGAUCUUAUCGCCAAACUUCCCUGUUUCGUCGGGUCGAAGAAAAUUCCAAUAUGGCGUAACAUCACAGAAAAAAAACACUAAAAUUUACCACAAAAUCUAGCAUUUUUCUUGAGAUAUUUCUACCAAGAGACUUUAGAAUCGUAGAAGACAUGUUGUACUUUUAAGGGAGUCUUUUACAGGAGUACAGAUGAUCUCGAUAGCGCCUGUUAGGACGCUGUUCUUGGUCGUGUCAUUCAUUCUGGUCAAUCACUCAAGCCAACAAGAAUUUUUCGAAGAUGCUGUGAAACGAGAGACUCUUACACCAGAAUUAGACACGAGUCUUCUAUCCAACAUUGACGAGGAUGAUACAGAAGAGCCUUAUUUGGAGUAUAACGGCCCACCGAAUACCUCUGCAAGAGACGAAGAACCAGAACCUGUAGAAGAGCAAGAGCAAGAAGACGAGGAUGCAGGGAGACGAGCAGAAAAUUCAAUAGAUGGAAAUGUAGACCGAAUGUUUUCGCAAGAGGCUCCUGCGUUUAAUGAAGAAGACGAAGACGUCGAUGAAGAAGAUGGCAAAGCUCCCUAUAACGAUGAAGAGAGGGAGAUUGAUGAAAAUGCAAAGAAACGAUCAGAGUUAGUAAAGUUUGAAAAAAAUGCCGACACUUCAAAGAAACCCAAGAAACUCGAAUCAAUUCAUAAAAAUCAUAAAGUAAAAACCUCGCGCGACGAAGAAAAGGCGAGAAAAAGGUCAACAGUUGAAAAAAAGAACACUAAAAAAGUGGAAGCAAAAGACUCCGUGAAUAAAGUUGAGGAAUCCAAGAGUAAAGAGGAAAAAGAUAGCUCUGUUUCUGGGUCGAGUUCAGGGGAAGGAAGUGUUGGGAGUGGAAACGAGGCUAGUGGGGACGAAGAGUCUUCUGGAGCCGAGAGAGAAAGACGACAAGCUUUCCAAACAGAGGACCAAGUUAUGAAAGCUAAAGAGAAGCUAAAAAAUGCUCAAGAAGCUUCUGAAGCCCUGACAAGCAUAGAAAAGGAGAUGGGUCUAGACCCCUCAGUUGCUCCUGAUAAAACAAAAAAUCUGACCUCGGCACUUCACAGCGAAAUGCAAAAAUUCAAAGACAUCAUUUCGUCACAAAAUGAUGAAGUCAAAAAAUCCAAGUUUCAAAAACUCGAGAAACUCGCUGAAGAGGAUGUCAAAGGAGCGAACGAUGUAAUGAAACUCAUCGUUGAGCUGGAGGUUGCUAAAUUCUUUGCUAAGAAUCGUGCUCGCAAGAAGCUUGAACUUGCUUUGAGGAAUAAGAUUACUACCCCUCCGUCACCUCCCGAACCUGCUGCUCCUGUAGUACCCUGGUUUGGUGGUAUGGGACAGUAUCAGAAUCAAGCAGGAAUGGCAGACUUUAUGCCUAAAGAACAGAGUUUUAAUGCUCCAAAUCCGUACGCUUCUUAUGCGGACGAACCACAACAACCGGCUCAGCAAGCUCCAGCAAUGUCUUUCCCCUCUGCUCCUCAGGCCGCUUUCCAACCUUUUUCAAUGCCACCAGCUUCCUUCCAGCCAGCCCCGCUUCCAUCGGGACCGUAUCAGGCGUUCAACACACCUGCAGUACAAAAUCCUCUUCAGAGUCAAUACCAGGAUAGUACUUUACCACCACCAAGAUGGGGUCCACAGGUUGCAUCUUUUGCACYAGUACCACAGACACCCCAGGAAUAUAAUCCAUAUGUGGCAAACCCAAUGAGUUUUGCUCCAGCUAAUGGUAUGUCCCAACCAAAUCCUCAACCACAGCGACAGCCAAGUUUGAUUAAUAAUCCUCCAAUGAAUAAACCUGCUCAUAAAAUAGUGAAGGUUGCUCCAAAGCACAAGAUUACUGAGAAGAAACCUCAGAAACCAGCUCAACGCCAAGAUAAUAGACCCCACAUACAGUCUCCUCAGCCACAGAAUCAGCAGGCGAAGUAUUUGCCACAGUCGUCUCCAUUCAGUGAUCUUCAACCUCUGCAAUCUCUCAGUUCAGUCCAGCAGCAACUACCAAGCUAUAGCAACGAAAUGCAGUUGCAGAAGGCGCCAUUUUCGUCGUACACUCAAACUCCUUUUGCAGCGUCUUCCUCCCACCCGUACUCUGACGCGUUCGCUCCUCCUCCACCACAGCCCAACACCCAAACGUUCUACCCACAGUCCUCCUGGACAUCCCCACCUCCACAGGUUAAUCGAUUCUCUGAUAGUUUGUCUCAUCUGAAUCCGCAUUACCAAAAAGCAGCGGCAACAUUCAAGCCUGUUAGUUCAAAGCCUCCUGUAAAAGCAGGGCAGCGUCCUCAUCCUCCGGAUCUUGCAAAAAUGUUGAAAGAUUUGGCCCGGUAUCAUUCUCGUCCAAUCACAGCGCACCAUUUCAGACCCGUGCCUCCAGUUCAAGUUCCAGAGCCUCAGCAGCUACACGAGCCCAGUCCUCCAGCACUAAAGACUCCACCAAUGUAUUCUCAGUUUGAUUUCCCAGGGCAACCUGAGCCCGCAAUACCAGUACAGCAGCCUGCCACUCAGUUCGCACCACCGAACCAACAAUACUACCAACCUCAAGUCCCUCAAAUGCCCUUUGUGAGCCCACAGCUUCCUAUGCCAGCACCAUUACCCAUUCAAUAUCAUGAUCCAGCAAUGCAGUACUCUAACGAGCAGAAGAACAAUGACGCGGACGAAGAUGAAGAUGAAGAUGUCAAUCCAAUGGAUCAACAAUUUAACGAUAACCCAAAUCCACAACAACCAGGCCUGCAGUACCAAGGUCAAGCGGUAUACCCCCAACAACAACAGCCAAUGCCACAAGCGUACAACGGGUACAACUCAUGGACAAACCCUGGAAUAAACGGGAAUAUGGAUAGUUUAUCUUGGCCACAGAACCCCAAUCCUCAAGCAUAUGGAUAUCAGCCUGAAACAAAUUAUGAACAAGUUGUUGAACCGAUUAUUACUGAAGCUCUAAACAAGGUUCACGAUACAAAGAAAGCAGCGUCGGUCGUCCAAAAGAUCGAAAAUACCAUUGGUCUGUCACCGCCAGCUGUCAAUCACAUUAUUGAUGACGUGGAGUCUGAAACCAAGAAGGAGAAAAUGCGGUUUGAUCAGGAUGUUAAAAAUGAUGAAGACRAAAUUCAGAAAGAUAAAAACCUCAUUAAUAAUGACGAAAGCACAAAUAAAGAAGAUUUGCAGAAGAAAAUAGAAGAGAAGAAAAAGAAAUUGGACGAAGAUAAAAAGAGAGACGAGGUUGCGAAAACGAAACUAGCAACGAUUGAGAAAAUUGAGAAAAUUCUGACCAUCAUUGAAACCGCAAAAUACUCCGCUCUUGAGCGAGCAAAGGCGCACUUAAUGAAACUCAAAACAGAAAAAGAUCCACAAAUUAGGAAACGCGAUUUGGAAACUCUAGAAAACGAUUUGAAAAAAUCUGAGGCAAAUCACUUGCACAGAAGAAAUGAGAUCAACAUUUGGUUGAAAGGGUCGCGAAAUAACAUCAAUACGAGCCACUUUUUAGAAGGGAAACGGAAAGAAAAUGAAGACCACAAGAAAAAUUAUAAAGUCUUUGGUUCUCCCUCGAUUCCAAAGCUUGCGAUUGCAAGAUUCUCGACAAGGGUGGCCAAGAAAUCUAAAAUUGAUUCUCCAGCAAAUUCUACAGCGCGCGCUUCUGAACCAAGUAGAGAGAAGCCAGUCAAGAAGCCUAAGAUUGGUAUUAUAUUGAUGAGAAAGCUGUUGCAAAGGAUGGAUGAUUUGUACGACAUGCAGUCUAAGAUUCUAACACAGUUAAUUAAGGACCAUCAACGUGUGAAAGAUGAGAGGGAAAAGGAUCGAAGAAAAAGGAAUAUUCACAGUGCGCAUCAACGACAUGCAAAUCAUCGUCAUCAUCGUCAUCUUCAUCAUCAUUCCAGAUGAACUACUUAUAGGGGAAAUUAUUAGGAAGUCAUUAAAAGCAUUCGUCAAAGAUUAUUCAGUUUAAUGUAUUAAUCAAAACGGGUAUUUUACGCCCGGUUAAUGGAUGAAGAAAAGUCAACGAUGAACAUUUUCAUAAGCGUCAAAAUGCAAGCUGCCUUGCUAAUGGAAAAUGCAAAUUCUUGAUUAUGAAGAACUAAGGACUGAAGGUCUUAAAUACCGGGGACACUGAUAAAUUACUCUUUUAAUGUGCAGCUACUGUUGUUGUGAACAACUGGGUUUUGAAUUCAAGAAGUAUCCAGUAGGUACGAAGGUCUGUAGCCCCUUUUCUCAUUGUUCGUUGUUAGGGGGUAGUGAGAGGAAGAUAAAUUUUUAGGUUAGUGGCAAGUACCCCCUCCUCCCCCUGGAUACGCUUAUGUAAUAUAUACACAUACAGAAGAGACGUGAAAAAAGUCUUGUCAAUAGACCCCUUGCAUGUGACGUCAAAGGAGCUCAAUUUAGAGGACAAGACAAAAUAAUUUACAUCUCAUGAUAUUUGGAAACCUAUAGAGGCUUUGCACCGUCACGUGCCGGUGGCCAUUAUACGGCUUGGGCUGCUUGUGGUUAGAUGGCAGAACAAUAAAUUCCCUGUGCUCUCGGGAAUUUAAAUCCUUCUCAUGUAAAACGAUUGUAUUGUUCCUGCCAUCUAACAUGGCUGUGGCUGUCACGUGUUUUGCCCUCCAAGUCGACCUGCAUUCCGAAAUGCUGCAAAGGUCUCUAUAAAAGCUGCAUAGGUUUUAGCUUGGGAACUGAUACACUAAGUGUAUAUAUAUAAAUAGCAAGAGUUGUACUCUAUAAUUGUAUGUCAUUUUAAUAUUUUGAUUGAUAGGGAAGUGUGUCAUAAUAUGGUUUGUUUUGGUAUAUAGUGAAUAAUAUUUUUGAUAUAGAUAUAUCAUUGUUAAAUACUAGGUCGGUGGACUUGGAGAUCUGCCUAAGUUUGUGAGGUUAAAUAUCCAAUGUAAAUAUGGUGUAAAUAAAUUCCACCAAAAUUGAAAAUGAGCCUUUGAUUUAUCAAUAAAGCAGAGUGUGACA